AUUAGUAUGUACAAGUAUGUAACUACAGAGAGCUGUAAUGCGUCAUGCGACAGAUGGAUGAAACAAUUUGAGAAUUGACACAAAGUUUAACUUUUAAAAGAAAAGGAUUUUUUGGUUAUGAAUGAUAACAAUAUUCAGUGAUGAAAAUAAGAUGAAAUCGUCAAUUAAACAAACCACUAGUUAAAUACGAUGUUUGAACCGUCGGAAUUUGUGUUAAUAGAUGGUACAAUGAUCAAAAUUCUGUAUUUGUCUGUCCUCAAGAAGGUCCGACAUCAACCCGAUUGAAAAUCAUAUAUUCCAGAUACAAUCUUCCAUAGUUAUUGCAAUACAAUUAGCUUCCAACUUUAUUAAGUUUUAUUCGAUUUCUACUUCUUGCGAAGGUAUGAAUGUUAAACAAGGAAUAUCAUAUUUACAGCACCUUCCUCAAUCAUAAAUACAUAUUGAAUUGGCUUCUAAUCACUAGUGAUCCGAAGAGCCAACACAACGGAAGAAUUAUCUUUGCAUAUGCUCCGAAACUGAAACAAAAACUUCGCAAAGAAACAAGGAAAGCUUCUGUUGACGGAUAAACUUCAAAGGAAUGUUAGUAUUCUGAGUUCCGGGUUAGGUUUGCAUUCAAAACUUGGUAAAACCUCAUCGUUUUUCUAGAUUAAGAUUACUUAAAGUACUUACAAGGACCAUACCAAAAGCCCACUGCUACCGUAGACAGACGUCUAUCACUUAUGAAAAUUAUAGGUGGCUCAGUCAGAAAUAUGCUAUCGAAAACUGGUGCUGAACGUCAGAAACUUUAUAGCAAAAACUUGAUGCGAAUGUCUGCAGUAAACCCAGUGGUUAAACCAAACCUUAAGGAACUGUUUCCAUAGAAUGCACGAAUAGAUUUUAGGAAAUCUAAUGUAGUUACAGCUUAUGGCAAUAAGUCAGCAUCCGUUCUCAUUACUUGCGCUUUACUAACGUGAAAUAUAUGAGACAAUUUUGUCCCACUGUAUCGAAUUUCAAGUAAUUUUUCCACUGACCGCCUUUUGCCUCUUCGACUUGUGAGCGGCUGACGAAUGUAACGAACAAAUAUAGAUAACAAAGUAACAACAUAAACCGGCAGUGGCUGCUGGUCAACGAUGGCGAUGUCAUUGUCAUGAACGACUGUUGAGCGACAAAAACAGCUUGCGACCACAAGCUGCACAAGCGCUCUACAACUCUCUCACACAACUCAAACAUUUUUGAAAAGAUAACUUGUUCGUUAGCGCAUCAAAAAUGAGGAACCACAAUGUAUGUAUGAGCAGCUGAUAAUGCUGCUGUCCACUGCUUAACUGAGUGACGAAUACGACUGAGCAACGGUCUUUACCCGCAACUGCGUGGUUUAUAGAUUUGUAAGUGAAGCUUAGCAGAGACCGCGUCAGUCUUGCGGACGUUGCGCUUUGCUUAUUGAUUUUGGUAUUCAGCGCAGCUUUCGUUACUGUUUUUGUUGAUAUUUGCUUGUUUUUCGUUUUUAACACUUUCAGUUUCUCUUAAGUUUCUUCUUCUUUCUUCUCCUUCUUACUUUUUGCGUUCGGCUCGAACCGAGUUGUCAGAGGUCGAGGGCGGAAUUUCGCAACCGCAUUCGGUGCGCUGUGGUGAGAAGACGUCACCGAUUUCGACGCUUGUGAGAUGCACUUUGUAAGGCCAACGCAUACAGUAAGCAACAACAACAACACUGACGCAAAUAUUUCAUGAUCUUCUGUAACUAGACGUUGUCGCCGCUCAGCGCAUGCGAUCUGCAGCAGUGAUCGUCUCAAACGUUGUUGUAGCCUUUGCUGCUUCUUUGCUAGCCGCGGGCGCUGUUGUUGACUCCGCCACUUUUCGGUUUUACAGGCGACCUGCUUGGCUUCUCUGGCUUAUAUUAGUAACUGAUAUCAUCGCCUCGGCAACAUUUUUAAUUUGAAAGUGAAAAGCGACGGUCGUAGGCGCCUGAAAAACGCUCACACAACGAGCAGAACGACGACACAAAUCGCAUAGUUCGCGCAGUAGGUCGCUGGUGACGCGCGCUUCCUGGAAGCAAUUACAAUACAAAACCGAAAUAAACAGAAAAUUAUAAUAAAUUGAAAACUGUGCCAAGUUUUCGUGAACUGAAAUUAAUUUCUAAAAUCAAACGAAAAUAUUUUUAGCCUAACAGCACAGGAAACACAAGUGAUUGAGGCCCGUUCGCGUUGCGCGCAUCCGUUUCCGCUAUCGUUAUCGUUGUUGUUGCUAUUGUUGACGUCGCUGUCAACGUGUGCGCUCAGUUAGCUCCUGUCAACUAGUUUGCCACUCGCUCAGACUUCUCAUCGCAAUCUAGAUUUAGACGGAAGUUGUUAGUCUUUUCAUACAUAUCUAAGAUUGAAAAGGAUACAACCACUACAUCGAAACAAAAGACAACACUGAGGAUUACAUUGAAAAUUCUACACGUGCUAAAUUCACCAUAAAUGAUGAUUUUGCGGAUAACAGUAGUAACCCUCCUGCUAGCGGUCAGCUUCAGUGAUGCCGUUGUUGUGAAGCCGCGGCCACAAUAUGGCCCACCACCACCACAGCGGCAGCCACACCGUGAAUACGGCGUACCACAGCAGAUACCGUUUCGUGAAUAUGGCCCGCCAGCGCUAAAAUAUGGACCACCCAAAUUCAUUAGCGGCGGUAAUGGUGGCAGCUUCUCUUCAAGUAGUAGCAGCAGCAAUAGCUUUAACAGUGGCUUCAAUGAACAAAUUAAAACGCAUUUCGGUGUGCCAAAGCCAUUCUAUGGUCCACCACAUAUCCAGCAUAAGCCUGCGCCCAAUUAUGGACCACCGCAAGCGCAGUAUGGCCCACCACCACGUCCUGCGCCACAAUACGGACCACCACCAUCGAAGCCAUCACCACAAUAUGGCCCACCACCUCGUCCCAGCUAUGGACCACCACCACAGUCGCUGCCUUCACCAUUACCUGCAGCGCUGUUCAAACCUGAACAUUCCCCAGCCAGUUCUUAUGGUCCACCACCCUCAGGACCGCUAAAUUUGCCACCCAAACCUGUGUAUGGGCCCCCUAAGCCUUCAUAUGGUCCACCGCUAUUGGCUUUAGGACUUACCGGCCCCGGUCCAGCGCCUGCCAACUUCAACAAAGUGCCCGAAACAACGAUUAUACUAGCAAGCGGUGGCGGCAGUGGUGGUUCCUCCGGCGGUCAUCAUCACGGUAAUGGCGGCGGUCCAGUAAAACAAGUACAAAUCCAAAUAGAUGCCUCAGGUCAUACGCACAGUGUUAGCGGCUCACAAGCACCAUUUCACACAGCUUGCGAUGGUUGGAAGCCAAUACCAGCACCUGUAGGCUCGUAUGUAGAAGGCAACAACAUUGAUACUCAAUCUGGUUAUAGUCAUGUCGCACAAGGUAGCUUCGGCACACAGUAUAGCGGUGGUGCAAGUAUUCCUGGCGGCACCGGAGGCAUUCAUGGUGGUGCAACUGGCAGUGGUGGUAGCAUUAUUGCUGGAUUGACUGAUGAACAACUUGUAGCUGUUGCAUUACAAUCAGGUGGGUUCGGUGCGUCCAACCAUGGACCGCAAUUGCCACCAUCGGGACCAGCGGGUGAUUUCAAGCAACAAAAUAUUAACUCCAUCGAAACUGAUGUUUUACAGGCUUCCCUUGGCUUUGGCGAUGAUUCGUAUAGCAAACCACCAUCAGACUCUUAUGCGCCCGGCUCAAUACACGCACAUAAACACAAUAGCAUUGGUGGUGGAUUAAUUCCACCCGGUGGUAAUUACGGACCACCGCCGCCACCGCCAGUAGAUAGUUACGGCCCACCACCAAGUGGUAACUACCUUCCACCACCAAGUGGCAAUUAUGGACCACCACCAUCCCAAUUGCCUCCACCAAGUGGCAAUUACGGACCACCACCACCACCAUUGCCACCUAGUGACAAUUACGGACCUCCUCCACCACCACCUUCCAGCGCCGCUCUGUUCGUAGAAAACCAACAUUCUUCCUCUCAAGCUGGUUUACAUUAUGGCUCGCAAUCCGGCAAUGUACUGAAUGUUCCAACGCAUGGUGCUUCGCAACCUAGUCGACCGGUAUCGUUCCGGCCACCAGUACCUCAAGGGCUACUUGAAUCUAUUGGUGCUACCGUGCAACAUUUGGAUCAAUUCGGUGUUAAACCACGAACUCAGCCGCCCACUUACAUACCACCUGCUGCGAAUGAAAUCGCCGAUAACGGGAUAGGUUCCGAAUAUAGUCCACCUCCACCACCACCAGCUCAAAUAAAUGUACCCAUCGGCGUACUUGAGCAGCAGUUGCCACAACCGCAACCGCCUCAGGUCUUCACACAGGUAAAUCAGCAACACGAACAUCACAAUCAUCAACAAAACACACAACACUUCCAACAUCAACAACAACAACCAUUCCAACAGCAUGGUUCAUUCCAAGAAUUUCCACCAUUGUCUCCAUCUCCUCCACAACCCCAAUUUCAAAUUUUACCCCCCUUACAGGAGCAUCGCGGCAACGCUCAAAAUCAAUAUGGUCCACCCUUGCCACCACCACCACCGCAACAGCAGUAUCUACCCCCACCACCGCCGCCACCACAACAUGGUCGCCCCUUCGCACAACCCCCACCACCACCAUCUCAACAAUAUCUGCCACCGAUACAACAAACUGGCCCGGUAACCUUCCAACAACAGAGUAGUGCAUCCUCCAGCUCUAGCUUCGAAAACUCAUAUUCAGCCUCGCAGCACAAUGAGCAACUCAUACACGCGCAAGCAUUGCCACUGCAACAGGAACCGCGCUUCACACAGGUGCAUGAUUGUGGUCAGGGACCGAAUCUAGUCAGUGCAGGCUAUCAAUUGCAGCAACAAAAUCAAUACCAACAACAAAACCAGUAUCAGCAACAACAGCAACAGCAACACCAGUUCCAACAACAGCACUCGCAACAAUACUCCGUCUCAAACUCAGUCUCGAGCAGCUCAGCUAACGCCUACAACGCUAUCUCGCAAAGCAUACCUGUGGCUGAGACACACACACAGUUUGUUGAACAAGAACCAGCCGAUAGCUACGGACUACCGUCAGGCGGUAAUCAUCUCGAUCACGACUAUGACGGCUAUGCUUCACAGAAGUCCUCUGUAGCGGCGCUACCAGAUGGCACUAAUCCUCAUGAACUGCCCGGUCUCGAUGGUCUAAAUGUGAUUUCCGCGCAGAAAUCUCAAUCCAUACAGCUGUCACCCGAACAGGUCAGUGGCGCGGCGCACUCUGAAUAUGAACCCACUUUCCAACUGGACAUAGCCGGCGAUGGCGCAAAAUCGAUACAAACCGAACAGUCGUCCAACCACGAAGAAAUACUCUCGGAAGGCUUACUACAAUCGAUAUUAACCGCCAUUGAGCAACCCCAACAAAAGGGUGUACAGCAUCAGCGCACCGUACAGGUGAUCACGAAUCAAAACAAUGAUAUAUACGGUCAUGGCGCACAAAGCCGUUCCGACACAGACAUACAAGAAGAUGCCACGCCCGACGACGAACACGAGCCUGAAGUAGCCGAAUCUGACAAAGUUGAGGUACAAGUAAACGCCGAUGGCGAAGAAGUGGCGACAGUGCAGGAAAUUAAGCCGAUUGUAGCGGCCGAAAUCGAUGAUGAUGUAGCGAAGCAUUAGCGACCUACAUAUAAAUAACGGUAGAUGGGGUAUUUUUACGAAUACAAGUCGCUACUGUGGCGCACGCGCUAUCCGUUAUGAGAUGGCUCUCGACCCGAGGUGAUAAUACAUAUGACCGAAGCUAGUUAUCAUCACAAAACUAAUUUAUUUUAACGAUAACAAAAUGUUCUCCUGGUGGAGCAACUAAAAUAUAAAAUUUGAUUACAAAGAAAUCAAAUAUAUAAUUUUCGUACAACCUCGUUAAGGUUGCCAUUAGUUUUUAAGCUCAAUUAUUGUACAUUUACAUAUAAUAAUUAUAACAAACAUUCACUAUCAUUUUCCAUUAAAGUUGCCAUAUCUUAUUAUACAUGGCUUUGCCUUUGUCCUGCAAAAAUGUAAACAUGGAAUAUUUACAUUUUUCGUCUUCACUGAAUAUAAGGACUCGGCAAAGCGGAGUGAGCAUCUUUUCAUUAAAUGUUUAAAACUUAAUGUUUAUUAAUUAAAACCAUGUAAAAUUACAAAUGUAUAAAUAAUUACGAUAAUUUAUUUAAAAUAAAUAUGAACGAAAAAUUAA